CAUCGCAUUUCAUUCCGUAUCUGCCUUCUUCCCCGACCCCGAGACACGCGAAAUCACAAAUCAAACCUCCAUCCAUCCACCACUGCCUCCUCCUCCUCCUCCUCGCUUGCCCUGCUCGCUCCCUCCCUCCCUCCCGAUUCCCUAAACCCCACCCGCGGCCGCCCAACCCGGCAGGCUCGAUUACCCGACCCGCCUCGCAAACCCUAGCUCCGCUCCUCCCCCAUGCGCCCCAAACCCUAGCUUCCCAUGCGCGCCUCCGCCUCCGCCUCCGCGGCCCCCAUGGAGACCUCCACCUCCGCCCGUAGAUCCGCCGCGCCCGAACCUGGGGCCAAGAAGCCGCGCCUCGCUCAGCCGCCGCCGCGGGACCCCAGAUCUUACGCCGCCGGCUCCAAUGGCAGCUCGGCCUCCGCGAGCGCCGCCGAGCAGGCGCUAGUUGACGAGCUGCUCGCGCAGUACCGGACGGCGCUCGCGGAGCUUACCUUCAACUCCAAGCCUAUCAUCACCAACCUCACCAUCAUCGCUGGCGAGAACCUCCAGGCCGCCAAGCCCAUCGCCGCCCUCAUCUGCGCCAACAUCCUCGAGGUUCCAAUUGAACAGAAGCUACCAUCUCUAUAUCUACUUGACAGUAUUGUCAAGAAUAUUGGAAAAGAUUACAUUAAACAUUUUUCUCCAAGAUUACCUGAGGUGUUCUGCAAGGCAUACAAACAAGUUGAUCCUUCUAUACAUCAUAGCAUGAGGCACCUUUUUGGAACAUGGAAAGGGGUGUUUCCUCCAGCACCACUCCAAAUGAUUGAGAAGGAACUUGGUUUUCAGUCACCUGCCAAUGGAUCGUCAGGUGCUGCACCAUCAAGGCCUGAUUCUCAGUCCCAGCGCCCAUCCAGUAGCAUUCAUGUAAAUCCAAAAUAUUUGGAAGCGAGGCAGCAGCUCAAUCAACCAACUAAGGGGAUGCUGAGAAGCGGUGUCAAGACAGCUGUAAUUGCUGAUGCUGGUGAUGAUAUUGAGAGGGCUAACAGGAUAGGUACUGAUAGAACUGCAGGGCGACGCUUAGAUGCUCCGAAUGCUAGGCCUAACAUACAGCGCACUCAGAGGGACCCUUACAGCAAUCCUGUUCAUGAGAAACAGGCAGUCAGAGAUGUGAGUUGCCUUGGAUUCUCUAACAUUUCACAGCAGCCUGUUGUGGGAGCUGGUCAAAUUCGCUCAAAAUCUAAAGGUGAAGAUGGAAUUGGGGGGCCAUAUUAUUCUGCUGGUGUUGGCUCUUCUGAAGAACAAUUUGACAGGCGCAGCAACUUUUAUGCAAACAAGGAUGUUCGGCCAUCAGGAUCUGUACGUUUGGAUAGUGCACUUCUCCCAACUCCUUCAAGUAAUUCCGAUAGAAUUGGUAGGCCUUCAUCAAACAAAAGUUGGAAGCACUCUGUGGAAGAAGAGUAUAUGUGGGAUGAUGUACAUUCUCAAGGAGCAGAUUAUGGUGGUACCAAUACUGGAAGAAAAGGAGAAUGGAUGGCUGAUGACGGCAAUGCUAAGUUUGCAAACUUUCAAAGGGCUAAAUGGGCAGAGCUGGGAACUGUUGAACAUCUCGACCACAAAUCACAUAAACUAGAUAACUUACCAAGAUUUGGACAUGCAACAGGUCAAGAUAGAAGAGUCGCAACAUAUAUGGAUCAGGAAGAGUACCUUCAUGGUAAGCGUGAGGUGGAAGCUAGACUUGAUAAGGAAAUGAGGCCUGACGGACAACAGUUCCCACUACCUCGAGGUUCCUCUCACUGGGUGUCCCUGGAAAAACCACUUCCAGACCUUGGGCUUGAUCCUAGGAUAUCACGGUUUUCCAAGCAGCCAUCAGACAGGUCUACCAUUUAUACUGGCACUAUGUCAGCGAGUAUCACUUCAUCUGUACCUGUUGCAUUAUCAGGACCCUAUGCUGGAAGAUCAAGCCUAGAUAGUUCAACUAGUGUGCCAACAAGAUCAAACGAGACUAUUGGGCAGCAAAAACAUAGAUACUGGUCAUCUUCCCCAUCACCUGUUCACUCACCUUCAUCUACUGCACCCUUUGGACGUCAGCGUUCCCCAAGUCCUGCUGAGCCUGAUUUUUAUCCUUCAAAAUCAUUUUCUCAAUUGGGUCAAAAUCCUCAAGAAGAAUAUAACCAAAGAGCACUGCUGGCAGUUGCUAAAGAUUCUCAUGUCUUGGCACAAAAUACUGGGCUUCCUCAAGGUCAACAUAAUCUACAGGCAACCCCUUCAUCGGGCCCCCAGCAGCCGCAAAAGCACUCUACCUUACCUUCAAAGUCACAUCUCAAGCCAACUGAUCAAGUGCAGACAAGCUUUUCACAUGAAAAUUCUUCAUCGAUGUUUAGACCUUCUAUCCAGCAUCCUCUUCCUAUGGGCUCAGGUCACCAGCAGCUUGGAGAAGGCUCCUUGCCCAGUGAUUCCACCCCUAUAAGCUCAGAUCUGACGAGCACUACCAAUUUGUUGGCUGGUCUAAUAAAGAGUGGGUUCAAGCCAAAUAAUCCCAGCGAUCUUGUUGCAAGCUUGAGGACACAUCCUCUUCUUCCAAGUGGGCCACCUUCGAAUGCAUUUUUGGCUGUUUCCUCAUCGCUUAAAAGUUCAGCUAGCGAAAAUACCACUUCGCAAACACAGGCACCGAACUCUGCGUGCCCACCUUUGCCACCAGGUGUGCCACCACCAUCAUCUGUUUUUUCAACGCAGAUUGCAGAGGAAGUUGCACCACUCUCAAGCCUUCUCAGUUCCCUGGUUGCAAAGGGACUAAUUUCUUCACCAUCCACUGAUUCAUCUGCUGCAGUUCCAUCACGGCCAAAUAAACCAUCAAGUCUUAACACCCCAGAUGCCUCUGCUUCAGCUAUACCUUUGCCAAUUGUCAAGCCUUCAGGUGGCAAGCAGACAUCUAAUCCCGAUUCAUCUGCCUUGACAAACACUUUGGUCCCCAAACCUGUGGAAAUCAAGGCAGGAGACCUUAUUGGUCUUGAGUUCAAGCUAGAAACACUUCGGAAGUACCAUGAGCCUGUGAUUAGCAGCCUAUUUGAUGACCAAAGUCAUCAGUGCAAAACAUGUGGCCAAAGAUUCAGGCUUGAAGAGGAACUCAGCUCGCACACGACGUGCCGCGGAUCGAGGGAGUCUGAGAUUAUCUAUGUUGGUAUCGCACCUAAAAGAUGGUACCCUAGCAAGAACAAUUACAUUGAUGGAUCACAUGAAGUGGAGAACAGCGCUGAGUUAUCUGCUGCUUGUGACGCGGAUUUAGGUCCUGCCGAGGAAGUGUGUGAGUUUAUGGUCCCUGCAGAUGAGAACCAAAUCAUCUGUGCACUAUGUGGGGAGCCAUUUGAUGACAUUUAUUCCAUCGAGAGGGGUUACUGGAUGUACAAGGAUGCUAUCCUUUUGUUUUACCCGAAGGGAGAAGGCAGCCGUGGAAACAGUGUUGAGGGUAAAAAGGAGCACGUGCCCAUUGUACACGCAAGAUGUAUGCCGAGAAGCUCAAAUGAUGGCAUGGAGGUGGAUUAGUAUGAUUGCCAUGCACAUUAGCUGAGGCAGCAGCAACAGCUCGGACGGUGACAUUGAGGUUGGAUGAGCCUGAAGCUGGGUUUGCAUAGGAGGGUAGUGCGCAGCAGCAGCUCGUCUGAUGCAAUGGGGCUGAUGGCAUGUAGCUGGAUUAGUGUGAAGGUGACAGGCAGUAUAUCAUAAUUUUGGUCGAAAUGCUCAAGUCGUCCUUCGAUUUCACUAUUUGCCCUGUAGAAACGUGCUUACACACAGAAUAAAGCCCCAGAGCACUUUGCCCAGGUGAAAAAUCAGUAAUUCCGAAGAAUCAAAAUCUUGGUGGAGAACGAUCUUUCUGUUGAUAGAAAACAUUGUAGGGUAUGUCAAAAGAAUGUAGCAUUUCGUAACGAGGAAAAAUGUGAUGCCUAGCAUGUAAGUUACUGCUGUUUUCGACAAAAUCCUCACAUCUUUUGAGAAGUAGAGAUUUUUGUACUUAGGAAACUGAUAGUAAUAGAACAUCAUAGAUGCAAGACUAAACAAGUUAGUUAUGAUUGCUUAGCUGUCA